AUGGUACAACUCACCGUUGUUGAAGACGUCGAAGAUGCACACUUCGCGCAGCAACGGCCCUACCAGGACCAAGAAGACGACUACGCCUCCGACUCUGACCGCUCGUCGCUAUCCAACGACGACGGUGAAGUCGAGAUCGAGGAGACGCUGUACGACCGUGUUGUGGCGCUGAAGGACAUUAUCCCGCCGCGGCAGCGCGCGGUGCUGAGCGCGGUGCUGGCGUCGGCGUAUGGGGUGAUGAAGAGCGGGUUGAGCAUGGGCGGGACGACGCUGUGGGUGCUGGUGACGGGGGCGUUUGUGGUGGGCGUGCCGUUUGCGGUUGCGGUGGGGGAUGAGCAGCAGUUGGUGGAGAUGGAGAGGGAUAUGAAGAUGCAGCAGUUUACAACGGAUUCUCUUUCGCCCGGUGCUCAAACGGUGGUUCUUGGGGAGCCACAGAAGAAGUAA